GUUAGAACACUGGAGCUUCCAGCUGUGUGGUGAAGGCCUGACCCCUGGGAGGAUGGAGCCUCUGUCUGUAGCCUCCCCUGUGGGAUCUCAUUCCUCCAUCAUCCUCCCCUUCAGGAACCCUACUGAACACCCAGCCCUGCUGCACCUCAGACUCACAGACGAAGAGCCCGGUCAGAAGAGAUCAAGCCAGUCCUUCAUCUGUGACAGGAAAGUGUUCUGCAUCCCCCUCAAACAGACACAAGGUGUGCGUGUGUCUGCGGGGGCCAGUGUGGACAUUCCUGUGGUGUUUGCCCCUGACUCCAUGCAACUGCACCAGGCCUGGCUCCUGGUUCAGCUAGAGCCCCUCUUCAACCUCCCCCGCCUGGACUCACCACUCACCACGGCCCAGAGGGACAAGUGUGUGGAGGUAGAGAAGGACCGGGUGCGUUUGGUCUCCUGGGUCUACCCCAUCCAUGGCAUCCCAGAGGCUCCUCCUGAACCCUCUUAUCCAGCGGUGAUAGAAUGUGAGGCUCGCGGUCGAGUGGAGGAGAGAGUGGAGGUGCUGUUGACGGGAUGUGUUCCUGGCUCCUCCGUCAGCAACACAGACACAACCUUCAUCAGGGCCCCCUCCUCCGUCAGCAACACAGACACAACUCUCAUCAGGGCCCCCUCCUCCAUCAGCAACACAGACACAACUCUCAUCAGGGCCCCCUCCUCCGUCAGCAACACAGACACAACUCUCAUCAGGGCCCCCUCCUCCGUCAGCAACACAUACACAACUCUCAUCAGGGCCCCUCCUCCGUCAGCAACACAGACACACUCUCAUCAGGGCCCCCUCCUCCAUCAGCAACACAGACACAACUCUCAUCAGGGCCCCUCCUCCGUCAGCAACACAGACACAACUCUCAUCAGCGCCCCUCCUCAGUGUGUGGGCCUGUACCCUGAGAGUGUGUGGGCCUGUACCCUGAGUGUGUGGGCCUCAGCAGGCUUCAGGCUGGCUCUAGAAGACUUCCUAUGUGAGGUGUGUUAUAACAGUGAUGCUGAGCGGUCCCAGCUGGAGGGCUGUGUAACCCUGUCUCUACUGAACUGUCACAGAGACCCCCACUCUGGCAUCGUCUCUCUCACCAUCAACAUCAUCUUCACCCCUUACAAACCUCUCAGGUGUUCAGCUGUCCUGGCGGUUCAGUGUUUGACAGGUGGGCUCUGGAAGUUUCCCAUCAGCCUCAUCUCCACCGAGCCGCAGGUUGAUGAUGUCAUCACCAUUAACGCUGCAGGGCUACACAAGACCUCUGCUGUGGGCUUCAGACUGACCAGCCAGACCAGGUACCCAGAGCCAUUCACAGCAGGGUUCCUGCCAGGUGGGGGCAGUGAGUUCCAGGUGUGUCCCUCCUCAGGUGAGCUCCUCCCAGUGGGGUCAGCCGGUACCCUCCUCACCGUCUCCUUCACCCCCUCCAUGUACAGCAAGAGACACCACGCUACGCUGCUGGUCCAGACAGCAGACAUGCAGUGGACGUACGAGGUGAAAGGAACCACGCCUGCUUACACCCCACCCCACUCUGCCUCCUCCAAUGGGAACACCUCUUCCAGGGAACUCCCUCCCACUGAUGUCCGCCAGAGGAACUUUGUGUCCCGGAACCUUCAUCUCCCAGCCAUGGCGAACUCCUCCCCCAUCAAACACAGAGCCUCCGCCUCACAGAUCAGAUAGAGAGAUUCUCACACUACACCCCCACCCCAUUCCUGUGUCAUUGAAAUGAUCAUACAGGAGGUUUGAAUAAUUAAAGUGCCUGUACUUCA